AAUUCUACCUCGUCAAUGAAGAACUGGAGAUUAGGUUAUGCCAUUUUGUCCCUGCGGAAGCCUCAGUAAGCACCUCUCUCUCUCUAUCUCUCUCAUCCAAGUUGAAGAAUCAGAAGAAGAUGGGUAGGAGGAUCUCCGCCCCUACUACCACCAACGGGACGACCCUUACCUUCACCGUGCUCCUCCUCAUCUCCUCGUCGCACUGCUUCUACCUCCCGGGCGUUGCUCCACGCGAUUUCCACACUGGAGAUGAACUUUCUAUCAAAGUGAACAAAUUGUCAUCUACAAAGACGCAACUCCCAUAUGACUAUUACUUCUUAAAAUAUUGUACUCCCCCACAGAUUAUAAACAGUGCAGAAAAUCUGGGGGAGGUUCUCCGUGGUGAUCGCAUUGAGAAUUCUAUAUACACUUUCAAAAUGAGGGAGGAGCAAUCCUGUGUAGUAGCUUGUCGACAAAAUCUUGACGCUGAAUCUGCAAAAAAUUUUAAGGAGAAAAUUGAAGAUAAGUAUCGAGUACAAAUGAUUUUGGAUAACCUUCCAGUUGCUGUUCUCAGACAGAGGAGGGAUGGAAGUCCCUCAACAACUUAUGAACAUGGAUUCGGUGUUGGAUUCAAAGGAAAUUAUGCUGGGAAUAAAGAGGAGAAAUAUUUUAUUAACAACCACUUGAGCUUCCGAGUUAUGUAUCACAAAGAUCCCGAGACUGAUUCUGCUCGAAUAGUUGGGUUUGAGGUUACUCCAAACAGUAUCAAUCAUGAAUAUAAGGAGUGGAAUGGUAAUAAUACUCAGUUGGUGACAUGCAAUAAAGACACAAAAAAUCUACCACCGGGAAGCAGUGUUCCACAAGAAGUUGACAAAGAUAAGGAGAUUGUAUUUACAUAUGAUGUCUCCUUUAAGGAAAGUGAGAUCAAGUGGGCAUCUCGGUGGGACACGUACCUUCUCAUGAAUGACGAUCAGAUCCACUGGUUUUCAAUUAUAAAUUCAUUGAUGAUAGUCCUCUUUUUAUCUGGUAUGGUGGCUAUGAUCAUGAUGAGAACUCUAUACCGAGAUAUUGCCAACUAUAAUCAGCUGGACAGCCAAGAUGAGGCUCAAGAAGAAACUGGAUGGAAACUUGUUAAUGGAGAUGUUUUUAGGGCACCAAUCAAUUCCAAUUUACUUUGUGUCUACGUAGGGACAGGGGUUCAGAUCUUUGCAAUGACACUUGUAACCAUGAUAUUUGCAUUGCUGGGCUUCUUGUCUCCUUCCAACCGAGGGGGUCUCAUGACUGCCAUGGUUCUCUUGUGGGUUUUCAUGGGCUUAUUUGCUGGCUACUCCUCUGCACGAUUGUACAAAAUGUUCAAGGGUACAGAGUGGAAGAGGAAUACCUUAAAGACUGCCUUUAUGUUUCCAGGAAUUCUUUUUGCCGUCUUCUUUGUGCUGAAUGCUCUAAUUUGGGGGGAGAAGUCUUCUGGGGCUGUGCCUUUUGGGACAAUGAUUGCUUUGGUUUGCCUGUGGUUUGGAAUAUCAGUGCCCUUGGUCUUUGUGGGUAGUUAUUUGGGGUUCAAAAAGCCACCUGUUGAAGACCCUGUAAAGACGAACAAAAUUCCCCGGCAGGUGCCAGAGCAGGCAUGGUAUAUGAAACCAGUAUUCUCUAUACUGAUUGGAGGCAUUCUUCCAUUUGGAGCUGUUUUCAUCGAGCUGUUCUUUAUCUUGACAUCAAUUUGGCUGAACCAGUUCUACUAUAUCUUCGGCUUCCUUUUCAUCGUGUUUGUUAUCCUUCUGAUCACCUGUGCGGAGAUAACAAUCGUGCUAUGCUACUUCCAGUUAUGCAGUGAAGACUACCACUGGUGGUGGAGAUCUUACCUGACCGCUGGCUCAUCUGCUCUUUACCUUCUCCUCUACUCUGCCUUCUACUUCUUUACCAAGUUGGAGAUUACAAAGUUUGUUUCGGGCAUCCUUUACUUCGGGUACAUGCUAAUUGUUUCAUAUGCUUUCUUCGUCCUGACCGGAACAAUUGGUUUCUACGCAUGUUUCUGGUUUGUUCGAAAGAUCUACUCCUCUGUGAAGAUUGACUGAUCUGAAGAUGCAUGUAGAGGAUGAGGGUAAGAUAGGAAGAACAGAGCUACACGAGGAUAAGAGACUUUCUGAAUCGCACCGAAACCUUGUAUUUUGUUUAUUGUAGAUAGAGCUUGAGCGGUAUUUUCGUCUACGGUGUCAUGAAACUGUACUUGGUAGUUUAAGCUUGUUGCUUCUGUCCAUCGUCGCUGCACUUGUACGAUUCUGUUAUGCUCUACUUGUUUAAUUAGUUAUUCGUAUUGAAGAACUUGAAAGUUGCAGAAA